CUUUUCUUCCCUUCAGUUCUUCAUCUUCUUCAUCUUCUUCUUCUUCUUCUUCUCUCUCUCUCAUUUUCCUUCCCACCUCACUGACAGUUAUCUCUUUCUGUCAGCUUUCUUCCCCCAUUUCCUUUCCCAUUCCCAAGAAACCCAUUUGAACCCAACCUGGAAAGAACACUCAAAACUCAACGCCUGCCCUCUUCUUCAUUAUGCUUUCCAGAGUUGGGAGCGUCGGUUGGAUGGAGAAUCGAGAGGAUGAAGGCUCUGCUUCCUGGACUAAUAACAACACCCACAACCAUCUCAACCACCCUGCUGCUAAUUGCUCUGUUUUGGAUAACAAGGACCAAAUUAGCUCUCUCUCAACCUUCAAAUCCAUGCUUGAGGUUGAAGAUGACUGGUGCAUUGCUGCUAAUGCCCUCCAUAACCAUCACGACAUCAAUGGCAUAAGCUUCUCUCAGAAUUUCACUGACCCACCUGAUAAUUUGUUGCUUCCCCAUGGAGAUUCCUCCUCUUCUUGUUCCCCUUCUUCCUCUGUGUUCAAUAACAUUGACCCGUCUCAAUUGCAGUUCUUCUUACCCCCAACUCGCACUUUGUCUUCACUUUACAAGGUCAUUGGUAAUAACCCUUUAGAGCAUGGCUUCGAUUUCGGGGCAGAGGUUGGGUUUCUUGAUGUCCAAGCUUCGAAUACUUCGGCUCUGCUCAGCAGUGGAGGUGGGUUAUUAACUGGGUUCACUGAUUUAAGCCCAACAAGUCAGAUGAACAGUCCUAAUAUGUGCUUAGGCUCCCAAUUGACAACACCUAACCUGCCCCAAAUGACUGGAAAUUGUUCGGGUUUAGCGGGAUUCCAGAGUUUGGAUGAGAAUUUGGGAAAUGCUCUGCUUCUGAAUCGGUCUAAGCUUUUGAGACCACUUGAAUCCUUUCCCUCAGUGGGAACUCAGCCGACUCUUUUUCAGAAGAGGGCAGCUCUAAGGAAAAGCUUAGCUGAUAAGGGAAGCAAUUUGGGGGUUUUGAGCCCCGAUGGCGGCUGGUGUUCUAACAGGAUUGAAGGGGGCGUUGGGAAAAAUGAAGUGGGUGAUGAAAAUGCGAAGAGGAAAAUGAUUUAUGCAGAUGAGUUGCAAGAUACUAGCAUCGACACAGCCCGUUUCAACUACGAUUCUGAUGACUUUACUGAGAAUAAUGACACUAAGUUGGAUGAGAGUGGUAGAAAUGUUGGAAAUACUUCUAACGCCAAUAGUACGGUGACCGGUGGCGAUCAGAAGGGGAAGAAGAAACGACUUCCGGCGAAGAAUUUGAUGGCUGAGAGGCGCCGGAGGAAGAAGCUCAAUGAUAGGCUCUACAUGCUGAGGUCCGUUGUUCCCAAAAUCAGCAAAAUGGAUAGGGCUUCAAUUCUUGGGGAUGCAAUUGAGUACCUGAAGGAACUACUGCAAAGAAUCAAUGACCUUCAUAAUGAAUUGGAAUUUUCUCCUUCCGGUACAGCGUUGACGCCGAGCACAAGCUUUCACCCCCUGACUCCAACCCCACCGACCCUCUCGAGUCGUAUAAAGGAAGAGCUUUGUCCUAGCUCAUUUCCCAGCCCUAAUGGCCAACCUGCAAGGGUCGAAGUUAGGGUACGAGAAGGUCGGGCAGUAAACAUACACAUGUUCUGUGGUCGUCGACCUGGUCUCUUGCUCUCCUCAGUUAGGGCAUUAGAUAAUCUUGGCUUAGACAUCCAGCAAGCUGUGAUUAGCUGCUUCAAUGGUUUUGCCAUGGACAUUUUCCGAGCAGAGCAAUGCAGCGAAGGCCAGGAUGUCCAUCCUGAGCAGAUAAAAGCAAUACUAUUGGAUUCAGUAGGUUUCAAUGGUGCGACAUAGAUUUCUGUGAAACAAGUAGCUGCUGAGUUAUCAGUUGUUCAAGAAAAAAGACUCACUCGUAAGUAACAUCUUCUGAAAUAUUAGAUGCACUGACCUGCUUUUGAGAUGAUUAUCAGAAUUUGACGCUGCGGUUUGUGUAGCUAUUCCAUGUUUCAAAAUGGGAAUACUAGCAAAGGGAAUUGUGUUAGCAAUUUUAAGGACAUAGCUUGAUAAUCGACUGUAUGAAUCCUCCAUUUUUUCGAAAAGACCAGAUAAUCUCACCUGUGUUUUGAUCCAUUUUGUU